AUGUCUGUCUCCGAUCACGAUCAAGCCGUGCAUGGAGCUUUACCUGCGCAUUCCGUGCACGCACACGAUACCACAACCCAAGCGACACAUGGCCGUGCGCAUCAAAGGCCCGCGUUUAUAGACGAUGCAGAGGCGAAUCCCGAUCUGUACGGAUUGCGCCGCUCCGGGCGCGCGCCCUCUCGAAAAUUGGUGCGUUCUCACACAUACUCAUCGCAGUACAACGAUGUAAGCGACGGAGAGCCAGAAGCGCCUGCUUUGCCGAGUGUAUCGCCCGACGAUGACGAUGACGAUGACGAUGACGAUGACGAUGAUGAUUUUGGCGGUGUUGCAAAGAGCCGUAAACGUGUGCGGGCAGAUACAAGCAAGUUUGGCACUGCCGUGCGCAUGUCUAGCCGGAACGAUGGCAAAGCGUUGAAUUACGCGGACGACUUCAGCGUCGAGGACUACGAUCCAUUCGAAGACAAAAUCGACGCGCAGUCUGUCGCGCCCGCACAAGCACAGGAGGACCAUAUCGAGGCUGUUGUUGGGCACGAGCGCGACGAGGCGCACCUGGACGACGCCCAAGAUAUCCCUGCGGAAAAUUUGCGCUUCAUCAUCAAAUGGCGCAACUAUUCCCACUUGCACAACACGCACGAGCUGUACGAGUUUUUAAAGAGCUAUUCCGGCUUCAAGCGCGUCACGAACUAUAUCAAGGCUGUAUGGCAGCCGCUGCACGAGAUUCAAACAAACCCACACGCCUCGCGCGAAGAUCUUGAGGCGAUGCAGAUUCAGUGCGAGCGACAGCGUGAGCUUCUGGAAAAUUACCGUACGGUGGAGCGUGUUAUUGCACAGCGCGACAAUGCGCCGACUGCCGAGAUGCCAUAUCCCCAUCUGGCGUACCUGUGCAAAUGGAAAGGACUUGGGUAUGCAGACGCGUCGUGGGAGUCGGAGGAGGACAUUACACAGAUGGCAAGGCCUGCCAUCGACGCCUUUCUGCACCGCUCCAUUUCCGUCACCGUUCCUGCGUGCAGCGAGACAUUCAGUCGCGGCAGGCCGCCGUAUGUGCGCAUGACAGAGCAGCCCAAGUACAUUGGCGCACACGGCCAGCUUAAGGAUUUUCAAAUGACAGGACUCAACUGGCUCGCGUAUUUGUGGAGCAUUGGGGAAAACGGCAUCCUCGCCGACGAGAUGGGCCUGGGAAAAACGGUGCAGACGGUCGCAUUUUUUUCGUACUUGUUCCACACUUGCUACCAGUACGGCCCAUUCUUGGUCGUUGUCCCGCUAAGUACCCUGCCUGCGUGGCUCGCACAGUUUGCGGAUUGGGCGCCCGAUUUGAAUGUAGUGGCGUACAUGGGCAACUCCCAAAGCCGCGCGGUGAUUCGCGAGUACGAGUUUGGGCCGUUGCGAAAGAUGCGUUUGAAUGUGCUGGUAACUACCUACGAGUUUAUCCUCAAGGACCGCGCCGAGCUCGGUGCGAUCAAGUGGCAGUACCUUGCCGUCGACGAAGCACACCGACUAAAAAACGCUGAGUCACAGCUGUACGAGGCGCUCGGCUCUUUUCACACGGGCGGCAAGCUGCUCAUCACGGGAACGCCGCUGCAGAACAAUGUGCGCGAGCUCUCUGCGUUGCUCCAUUUCCUGCGCCCCGACCAGUUUGACUUGGAAGUCGACUUUGACAUUGAGCACGUCGACCAGUCCAAGAUUCACGAGCUGCACGAAAGGCUGGAGAAUGUGAUGCUUCGGCGGCUCAAGCGCGACGUGGUCAAGGAACUGCCGACCAAGUCGGAGCAAAUUUUGCGUGUGGAAAUGUCGGCGAUGCAGCAGCGCAUGUACAAGGCCAUUCUCUCGCGCAACUUCUCCGUUUUAAGUGGCGGCGGAUCCACCCAAAUCUCCUUGCUAAACGUUGCCAUGGAGUUGAAAAAAGCGUCGAACCAUCCCUAUCUUUUUGAUGGUGUGGAGACGCCUUCGCAAUCCAGAGAAGAGACGCUGCGGGGCCUCAUUAUGCACAGCGGCAAGAUGGUUUUGCUCGACAAGCUUCUCGCCCGGCUCAAGGCAGACGGCCAUCGAGUCCUGAUCUUUAGCCAAAUGGUCCACAUGCUUGACAUUCUCUCCGACUACCUCGCGUUCCGUGGUUAUGUCCACCAGCGCCUGGAUGGCACUAUUUCCUCCGAGACUCGCAACGGGGCCAUUGCACACUUCAACGCCCCGGGCUCGCCGGAUUUCUGUUUUCUGCUUUCCACGCGCGCCGGCGGUCUUGGGAUCAACCUCGAGACUGCCGAUACAGUUAUCAUCUUUGACAGCGAUUGGAAUCCGCAAAACGACUUGCAGGCCAUGUCGCGUGCGCACCGCUUGAAUUCCAAGUUCCAUGUGAGCGUGUUUCGCUUCUUGACCAAAGGCACGGUCGAGGAGGAUGUGCUGGAAAAGGCGAAGCGCAAAAUGGUGCUGGAAUACGCCAUCAUCCACCAGAUGGAUACCUCCGGCACUAAUUUUGCGCCCAAGUCGCUAGCAAAAAGUGCACAACAUUUUAGCCGCGAUGAGCUCGGCGAGAUUCUCAAGUUUGGCGCGCAGAGCAUCUUUAAAUCCGACGAAGGCGGCCAGCAGAAAAAGCUGGACGAGAUGGAUCUGGACGAUAUCUUAACCCAUGCAGAGGCGUGUGAGACGGAAAUGAACACCAACACCGCCUCGUCUGGUGGCGAAGGGUUCUUGCAGCAGUUCGCACAAGUCCAGGACUUUAAGGCGGACGAUAUGAGCUGGGAGGAUAUAAUCCCGCUCGAGGAGCGUGUCCAAGCGGAAGAAGUGGAGCGACAGCGCGCCGUGGAAAGUGCAAUGGCGGCCAGUUCGUCGCGCAGACUCGCAGCUGUCGCAGCAGAGAAUGCGACCGCACAUGCUGCCGAAGCCGACGAUGAGAUAGAUGUGGCUCUCAAAGGGAAGAACGGCGCACGCAAGACGCAAGGCCAGCGCUCUUUGGAGCUCAAGGAGCGCGAUUUGCGUGUUCUUUUGCGCGGGAUUCAGCGUUGGGGCGAUAUCCGAUACCGCUACGAUAUUAUUGUGCAGGAAGGCAAGCUGCAAGACAAGAACCGCGCCGUGCUGCUGCAAGCCUCGGACGAGCUCAUAGAGCUUGCCGAACAAAAAAUAGCCGAGCACCAGGCGUUUCUGAAAGGGAAACAGGAACGCCGUGAAGAAAUCACGUCGGCGCUUCGACAGCGUGCAGUGCUGCUGAAUUACCGCGGCAUUUCAAGCAUCAAUGCAGAGACCAUUUUGGUACGACACCGCGAGCUUCACCUCCUCAGCGAGAUUCUAAAUGCCGCGGCGAAUCCGCUCCAGUGGCGGAUCCCUGUGGAGUCGCUUAAGAGCACGCUAAACUGGAACUGCACGUGGAGCAACACGGAAGACUCUAUGCUGCUUGUCGGCAUUUGGCGCCAUGGCUUUGGCUCCUGGGAGCAAAUCGAAGCGGACCCCGACUUGGGCUUGGCCAACCACUUUUUCCUCGAAGGGAAGCGUGCUUUGGAUAACAAGGAUGGGGGAGAAGAGAAGAAGGGCAAAGGCGCGAGCAAAUCGCGCCCCAUACCCACUGCGAUCCAUCUUGUGCGGCGCGGCGACUACCUCUUGAAAGCGCUGCGCGAAUCCGUCGCGGACAAGAGAGGCGGCGCUGAGCAGGAAAAGAAGAAAAAGGCGCGCAGCUCCGCUUCUGCCGCGUCGCACGGUACGUCUGAAAAGAGCAAGCGCAGCGCUGCUCAGUAUUCGUCCGACGAGGAAGACGACGGUGGCUAUGCGAGCAUGGACGAGUUGGAGUGCAAAGAGUUGAUGCGCCCGUGCAAGCGCCAGCUCAAGACGCUCAAGGACGAGACCGAGUCACUCGAUAGGGAAACCAAGGUGGCCACACUGAAAGAAUGUCUCUCGGCCAUCGGCAACCACAUUGACCAUUUGAUCGAGACCAAGUUUGCCAACUUGCCCAAGGAGCGCCGACAAAAAUGGUAUCAGCACCUCUGGGCCUUUUCCUCUUUUUUCUGGCCCAAGAAGGUGGAACCGGAAAAGCUACGCGCCAUUUUUGCCAAGCUGACGGGGCAUGCGCCAGGGCAAAAAGAGGGCCAGGGCCAAGGCACAAAGCGCAAGGAUGCGGACAGCGAGGCGCGCGGGGAGAAAAAAGCACGCCCUGCUCCAUAG